AUGUUUAUCGAGUUUUUAAAAAAGUCCUUCUUCUUAUUCUUGAUCUUUACAUUCUUUGCAAUACCAAUCUUGAUCCCCUUGAACUGUGUGAACCAAAUUGGACUCGUCGGGCUGAAUCAAUUCACAAUCGGCAAUAUUUUGGACCAGAAGCGCUUAUGGGCCCAUGCAAUUCUGACGGCCCUGUUUUGUGGAGCGACCCUGACCAUGGGGAUACAUAGUAUCCGUCACUAUAUCAAUCGUCGCCAAAAUUACUUGAUGAGUGAGCGGCAUACGCAAUCCUUGCAGGCAACUACGAUCCUUGUCUGCGGGAUCCCACGUCACGAAUGUAAUAUAGAGACACUUUACAAGAUGUUUAAUGUAUUUCCUGGCGGUGUCAAGCGUAUCUGGAUCGCCUAUGCUGCUCCAGAACUGCAUAAAGAGAUUACUAAACGAAUCAGUACCACCAACAAGCUAGAAGCUGCAGAGUGCAAGCUCCUUAAAGCCAAAAUGAAGCAGAAUGACAAAAAUGGCAGACGGACUUCCUACUCCUCCACUAAUGCUUUAAACCGAGACACUGAACGCCAUCAGCAAACACAACAACAGCAACAGCUCUCGGAUGAGGCGUUCCCAUCAACGUCGCGGCCUCACCAUCGUUCAGCUGCUUUCCCAAUGUCAUUGUUCGCUAAGAAGGUUGAUUCGAUCCUUACUUAUCGAUCAGAGCUCUCGAAUAUGAAUGCCUCCAUCAUAGGGAAGCAGCAAGCAGCUCUAGCAGCCAUGCGUGAAAACCAAGAGGAAAACCGAAUGAGGGCAGCAUUUAUUCAAUUCAACCACCAAUUGGGCGCACAUUUGGCCACACAGUCCGUAUGCCAUCGGAAAACCUUGACAAUGGAGCCUCGAUAUCUAGAGAUCCAUCCAAAGGAUGUGCUCUGGGACAACUUAGGUUAUAAAUUUAAAACCAGGAAUGUUCGACGGACAGUUGCAAUAAUAUUGGAGGCUGCGUUAAUUAUCUUUUGGGGGGUUCCAGUAGCCUUUGUAGCAUCAAUUUCCAAGUUGGAUGCCAUUGUUAGAUUCGCACCGUUCUUAAGUGGCGUAUACAACCUCCCUAAAAUCGUCGUUGGCAUCAUUCAGGGUAUUUUGCCUCCUAUUGGAUUAGCGGUCCUGAUGAUGAUCCUACCGAUAAUUCUCUACCGUAAGUAUAUAUGUAUAUAUAUAUAUAUAUAUAUAUAUAUUUUCCGCCUAGUGAUACAUGUAUUAUUGGUGACAACUUUGGCGAACGGUAUUUUUGCAGCUGUGCAGGCUAUUAAAGAUAAUCCCAACAAUAUUAUGGAAAUGCUUGCGUCGACAUUGCCUCAGGCAUCGACUUUCUUCCUCAGCUUCAUCCUGUUAUCCAUAACCAGGAUCCCAUUGUUGUUGCUUCAACUCGGGCCUCUGAUCACAUAUCACAUCGGCAAGCGGCUCACAUCUACGCCGCGCAAGAUGUUUGCAACGGAAACAGAUUUUGCCUCUGUUGAUUGGGGAAUGACCAUCCCUGUGCAUACAAUCGCCUUUUCCAUUGGUUUGCUCUACUCAACAAUCCAGCCACUCAUUUUGCCGUUCAUAACUAUUUAUUUUGGACUAUACUAUGUGGCGUUCCGGUACAUGUUCCUGUAUGUAUAUCGGCAACCGUUCAACUCAAGCGGCUUAGUCUUCCCCAGAAUUGUGGAUCAAAUGUAUAUUGCAACAGUCUUGUUUGAAAUUGUCAUGCUGGGGAUCUUUGUCCUCCAAAAGGCUACUGGACCGUCCAUUGUCAUGUUCAUCGUAUUAGUUGUUAGUCUCAUGACCAUCGUCAUUAGCCGCAACAAAGUCUUCAAACCCUUGAUCAAGUAUAUUCCCGUGACGGCAUUCGAAGCCAGAGAUGUCCAA